AUGGCCACUAUGCGACGUGCCUUACGCCCUCUAUCGGGCACAUUUCUCUUCACGAAUGUGAGGCGACCGUGGGUGUGCUCAGCUCACCGACAGGGACUCCACCAACGUCUUCAUAGCGGGCUCGCGUCGGCGUCAAAAGCCUCCCCGAAACCGUACUAUGUGACGACGCCGAUUUUUUAUGUCAAUGCCGCUCCCCAUGUCGGUCACUUUUAUACCAUGGUCAUUGCCGAUAUCCUCAAACGAUGGCAGAUACUUCUCGGCAAGGAUGCAAAGCUAUUGACAGGAACCGACGAGCAUGGCAUGAAGAUCCAGCAGGCAGCGAUUGCAGCUGAAAUGGACACACAAAGCUUCUGCGACAUGAAUUCCUUCUUGAAGACUUUGGCGAAGGCAGCAAACCUUAGCAAUGACCACUUCAUUCGGACCACGGAUGCGUCUCACCGUGACGCUGUUCAGUAUUUCUGGGAAAUGUUGAAUCACCGCGGCUACAUUUACACAUCUAAACACGAAGGAUGGUAUUCCGUGAGCGAUGAAGCUUUUUAUCCGCAGACGCAGGUUCAAAAUUCUCUGGAUCCAACGACCGGACGAAAGCGCAUGGUCUCAAUUGAAACGGGUAAAGAGGUGGAAUGGUCAUCUGAAGUCAAUUAUCACUUCCGUCUUUCUGCGUUCAAGGAUCGGUUAUUGGAACUUUACCAUCGGCCAGACUCCUUCAUCACGCCCUCCAAGUACGCGACAGCCGUGAUCCAGUCGGUGUCCUCCGGUUUGCAAGACCUGUCCAUUUCUCGGCCGGCUGAGCGAUUGACAUGGGGCAUCCCGGUUCCCGGUGACAACACACAGACCAUCUAUGUCUGGUUGGAUGCGCUUGUCAAUUAUUUGACCUAUGCGGGUUACCCCUUUACGCCUGGGCAAGACAAUUCAUCGAUUUGGCCCGCUAAUGUUCAUGUUAUUGGCAAGGAUAUCGUUCGCUUCCACUGCGUUUAUUGGCCGGCGUUUCUGAUGGCUCUGGACCUUCCCCUCCCUCAGAAUGUUCUCGUGCACGGGCAUUGGACGAUGAACCGGGAGAAGAUGUCCAAAUCGACUGGCAACGUGGUCAACCCAUUUUUCGCCAUUGAUCGGUUCGGCGUCGAUGGCAUGCGAUUCUUCCUUGCCUACCAAGGGGGCUUGUCGGAUGACGCCGACUAUGAUAAUUCCUUUAUCAUUCGGGACUACAAGAAAUGGCUCCAGGGUGGCAUUGGUAACCUCGCAUACCGAACCAUUGGAUGUGCCAAGGGAAAGCUACACUCGUACAUCCAGAAUGCCACGUCUGAUAAUCUUCCCGUGGGGACGACGGCCGACGAGGAGCACCAGGCGAUGCUUAUCGCUUCACCGCUCAAGGUGGCCGAGCACAUGACCGCACUGAAUCCGCGAGCCGCGUUGCAGGAGAUCAUGGGGAUCAUCGAGAAGACCAACAAGUAUUUCCAUGCGGCAGAGCCGUGGAAAAGUGGCAGCCCGGAAUGGGUCCUUUACAACACCGCCGAAUCGCUGCGCAUCUCUGCGAUCCUACUCCAACCAUUCUUGCCUGAUAAGUCGCAGGAGCUUCUCGAACUUCUUCGGGUGGAUAUGUCCGAUCCUUCCAAGCGGACCUUUUCCGCGACCGUCUAUGGCUCAGACCCAAGCUACGGCCACGGCAUCAAAAAGGGGAUGCUUUUCCCUCCACUGCUCACUGAAGAGUAA